AUAUUGCACGAGCAUAAAGUCUUGGUAGGUAUUGGUGUAUCAGAUCCCGGAUUGGCAAGGAAUUUGGUAUGGGAUGCUGGGUGGGUGUGCAAAAAUUCGCAAAACAAUGCAAUUUCGGAAAAGGACGCAAUUGGCUUUAUUUCCUGGAACUUGGAGCAGAUAUUUGGGGUCGGUAAACAUGUCGAGGGCAAGGGCAAAAAUAAUGGAUUUUCGGUAGGCGCAACUGCAGAUUUCGUCGCGUAUGAUGGCAGUCCGUUUGACAUGAAAAGUCGGGUCAAGGUGGUUGCUGGUGGUGGAAAGAGACAAAUUAUCAUUGAUCCUAAGCAAGAAUAA